AUAAAUCAAAUGUGAAAUAUUGUAAACAAUUAAAUCGCCACAGAUAAUUUAUUAGUUCUGAUACUUGUGUAUAUAUACAUAUUAAGAAAAGGAUAAGAUACUUGCUUUAAAAAAUGACGUCGGUACAAGACAGAUUAAAAUUAAAACGAUCUUACGACAAUUGGAGUACGCGCGAACAGCUAUGUUUAGCAUCCAGUGUAUUGAAAUCAGGCGAUCAAAAUUGGAUGAGCGUAUCACGAUCUUUGAAAGCAUUUGUUGAAAAAGAAACAUUAAGGCCACCAGAUUGGUUUUCUCAAAAAUCAUGUGCUAUUCAAUAUGCUCAUCUAUUGGAAAAUACGGAUACUCCAAAGAGAAAAAAAAGAGAAAGUGGAGAAACAACAGGUGAAUCCAUAGUUAGAAAACUAACGCAAGAAAGAAUAGCUGAAUUAGGUCAAAUUUUAACUUAUCAAAGAGACGAAUAUCAACAGUUGAAAGCUGAAAUAAAUAUGUUAAAAUCUGGAUCGAUAGCGGAAGAUAAGUUACAAAAGAUGUGGGUCACAAUUGAUCAAGAGGAGCGAGAACAGGAACAAAAAGUUAGGGCACAUUCUGCGUGGCUGGCAAAACGUCAACAGAAGCAAGAAUUAAGUUCUCCGCAAGGAGCGUCUGCUUUAAAUCAACGCAAACCUAUAGAGAAUACAGUAGAAAUUCAAGAAACGUCAGAAACUCUGGAUGAAGAUGAAAAAAAAAGGAAAGGCGGAAGGUCGCCACUGUUGACAAGUUUAUUGAAAUCUCCAAGUCCAACGACACAAAUUCAAACAUUAACUACUACGGCGCAAGGGAGUUCUCCUACAAUUACAAGUCUGCUUGGCUCUAGCCCUAAAGUACCAAACUCUCAAUUAACACAAAAUGUGUCGCCGCAAUUGCAUCAAUUGGUUUCUUCUGCAAUUUCAAAUAUAGCACCAGAACGACCAUCGGUCGGUGCGCCGACGUUAUCUAUGUUAUUAGAGAUGCCUGCUAAUGCACAACGAGGCCCUUUACCAAAUUUACAAUCAACUCCAACCAUUGUUUCUCAACAAACUAUGUCUACCGAAAUUCAUACACUUCAACCGCAGCCUGUUCAUCAAGUGACAAUUCAAAAUGAAACAUCCGUACCUACACAACCACUUACGAUUAGUACGCCAAAUAUACCAGUGACGGAAAGCAUGGUACAAAUAAUAGACAAUAUAGACGAUGUGAUACGUAAAGAUAUAAUGGCAGAUGUAAUAGACAAAGAUGAAAUUAACGAAAUUAUCGGAGAUAUAGAAGAAUUAAUAAAGGAAGAAAUAACUGGGAGUCCCCAAACACUAGAUACAGCUACUACAACAAUUAAUACUCUUACUGUACCGCAAAUUCAAGAAAUACCGGUGGUAGUCACGGAACGACCAGAGCCCAGAGACGUAGACGAGGUUGUAUCGCUCUCUGAUUCGCCGGAAAGCGAAAUGGCUAUUGAAGAAAUAGACUCCAGCACAUCAAAUAUCGCAGAAAUCAUAGGAACGGUUGCUAUAGAACCACAAGAGCCUAAAGUUAUUGUGGCUGAGAUAUCUGAAGCUAUAACGAAUACAUCUGAAGAAGCAAAGUCUGAAGAAAGUACAAACCACGAGAAAGUGAUCUUAAAUGAUGAACUUGUUCCUGAAUUAGAAACUCACGAUGAUGAAAGCGGUAAAGAUGUACCGUUAGAAGAGAAACAAAUGAUCGAUGAAUUCGAUACUAUGGAUUCUACUUCAAAUGUAGAAAUUGAAGAGACCGAUACAAAAAUGUCGACGAAAGAACUUAUGGAUGAUAUAGUGGAAGAUGAAUUAAUAGAAGAAGAAGAGACAGAAGUGAUUAUACCAGAAGCUAAAGAAUCACCCAAUGAUAAAUUACAAAGGGAACCCUCGGAAGAGUUGGAAAAUAAAGACAAUAUGGAAUUAGACCAACUAGAGAUGCAUCUUGCUAAAAUUACUGGCGAACAACAAGAUAUUCCAUCGGCAGAAGUGGUCAGCGUGACUUCUGAAAUAACGAACGAUCUUCCUAGUACCGAGGAUACCGAAAAAUCACAGGAUAUUAGUUUAAUCUUAGAAGAUGAUGAAAGUACACAUAGUUUAGAUGAUACAAAGAAAAUAACGGAAGAACACAUCAUAGAGAAUACAAUUGAAAGUACAGAAUCUAUUGAAUCAUUUAAAGAGGAACCCGUGAUUCUGGUAAAAGAAAAAACUAUAAUGGAAGUAAGCGAAGAAUCGCCGGAGAAACAACCUCAAGAAGAACAAACAGAAGAAACCUUAGAAAUUUAUACGGAUGAAUUCAAGAAAGAAGACACUAAAGAUUCUUCCGAAGAUACGGCAAGCUCUAUUCUACAAGACAUAGAAAUUAAAGAAGAAGAAAUAGAGGAGACAGCAAUUAUAGAAGAUUCUACUCAGUUGGUGUCCCCGGAAGAAGUUGAAAAUUUAAAACAAGAAUCUAUGGAACCCAUAAAAACUGAAAUCGAUAUUAUCAAAAAAGAAGAACAUUCGUUCGAAGAGUCAAAAAUGGAAGAAAUGUCUCAAAUGCGAUUAGAAAAUACACUUUUAUCGGAAGUAAAAAAGGAGGAAAUCCCUAUAAAGGAAGAUCAAAAAAAUGUGGAUAAUGAACAUGUAAAAAAAGAAACAGAAUCAAUGAUAAGUGUUGGGGAAGAUACCGUCGAAUUGGACGAAGAAGAAUCGUCGCUAAGCAAAUUAAGCGGAGGACGUGCUAUGAAAACAUAUUCGAAAAAGCAAAAUGCUUCUAUCGAUAGUGAACCUGAAAACGAAGUUACUGGAGAAGGUGCAGAUUACAGAGCAUGGAAAAAAGCAGUCAUGUUGGUUUAUAAUCGCCUUGCAACACAUAAAUAUGCAUCUGUAUUCCUGAGACCUAUUACGGAAGAUCAAGCGCCUGGAUACCAUUCGGUCAUCUUUAGACCAAUGGACUUGUCGACUAUUAAAAAAAAUAUAGACAAUGGAACUAUCAGAUCUACGAUGCAUUUUCAACGUGAUGUUAUGCUAAUGUUUCAAAAUGCCAUUAUGUACAAUAAACAUGAUACGUUCAUUUAUAAAAUGGCAAUUUCAAUGCAAGAAGAAUGUUUACAACAUAUGCAGAUACUAGUACAAGUCACGGGUGAAGGAACGCUUAGAAGAGAAACAAGAACUGCAGCAAGUAGCAGUAGCGAUGCAAGUGAAAGUAGCAUAAAGAGAAAACGAAGUCAUAUUACACCCAGCCCGCAUGAUACUGACAGCCCACGUUCAAAAAAACGUAGAAAAUCAGAAAAUGAUUAAAAUAUUCUAUCUAUAUAUAGAAUAUAUCUGUGACAAGCAUUAAAGUUCAUAAGAACUUUAUUAAACGAGCGAAAGAAGGAUAAAUCAGUCCUGUUAGCAUCAAGGGAAAAUGUUGGACAUAAAAGACAUUUAAGAUGUACAAGAAGGAAUGCAGCGACUUGGCAUUCUACUUUAUUAUUUUCCCAUAACAGUAAA